AUGCUAACCUUCAAUAAUCAUGUUGCCUACAGCCCUAUGCCACUGCCGGACUCGAUUGGGGUCACGAUUGGGGGAUUAUCUCCACCGGGCACCGUAUCUUCGUUCCUUGUCGUUCCGCAACAUCUCCAUAUCCCUAAUGUCGCCAUCGCCGUCUCUGGCGGUGGUUGCCGUGCCAUGACCAGCGGCGCCGGUGCCCUCAAAGGCCUUCGACAGUCGCACCGACAAUUCCCACCGCCAAAGGGCCAGCUGGGCGGCCUGCAGUCGGCUACCUACGUCUCCGGCCUCAGCGGUGGCAGUUGGCUACUGGGUUCCAUCGUGGUUAACAACUUCACCACCGUCGGCGCCCUGCAGGCGGACGAGAAAGCUACUGGAAACAUCUCAUCAAAGCGGUGGACGCUAAGGAAGAAGCCGGCUACAACACCUCCAUCACUGACUACUGGGGUCGUGCCUCCCACCAGUUCAUCAACUCCACCACCGACGACGGUGGCAUCGACCACCUGGUCCUCCAUCGCCCUGACCGACACCUUCAAGCGCGGACAGAUGCCCCUGCCAUUGGUCGUUGCCGACGGACGUAACCUGGCGAAAGGUCAUCGGCACCAACUCCACCGUCUACGAGUUCAACCCCUGGGAAUUCGGCACCUGGGAUCCCUCCGUCUACGGCUUUUGCGCCACUGGAAUUCCUCGGCUCUCGAUUCGAGGGGCAGCAAGUUAGCUGACGACGAGAAGUGCGUGCGAGGCUUCGACAACGCCGGCUUCGUCAUGGGCACCUCCUCGUCACUGUUCAACCAGGGUCUCCUGCGUCUCAACAAGACCGAUGCCCCGACUUCGUCAAAGGACACCAUGUACAAACUACUCAAACAUGGACCAAAACGACGAGGAUAUCGCCGUCUACUCCCCAACCCGUUCUACCGCUACCGCAACGCCACCCAUCUACGCCCAGCAGCGCGAUCUCGAUGUUGUCGACGGCGGCGAAGACGGUCAGAACAUCCCUCUCUGCAUCCAGUGAUCCGGCCCAGUCGCCAUGUCGACGUCGUUUUCGCUGUCGAUUCCUCCGCAGACACCAACAGCUGGCCCAACGGUUGCCUCACUCGUCCACACCUACGAACGUAG